AUGACAUCCACAAAUAUUGUUGCAUCUGUGUUUAAUUUUUCAGGCCUGCCACAACUGCAGCAGCCAGCAGAUCAGCGAGUGUUCCCAGGACAGACAGCUUACUUCAGUUGUUGGGUGAAUGCUAUUCCACAAGCCACUAUCACAUGGCUGAAAGAUGAACGACCAUUACACCUGGAUGAGACUCGCAUGUUGGUCCUGCCCUCUGGAGCACUGGAGAUUGAUGAAGUGAGAGCAUCAGAUCAAGGAAGCUACCGGUGUAAUGCCUCAAGCCUGGACCAGCAUCGUCUCAGUAUUGCUGUUACACUCAGCAUUAACAUGAAUCUUGAAGCAGGUGCAAACAUAAUGCCACCUGUGUUUGUGGCAACACCCAGGUCAUCUGUGGUAAUUGAGGGCAGCACUGUGACACUGGACUGUGCAGCCAAUGGCAACCCUCGACCAUGGCUGACAUGGCUGAAGGAUGGCAUCACCAUUGAUAUGGCGGAGCUUGGCAGUCGGUUCCACAAGGUGGGGACAGGCAGCCUGCAGAUUAGUGAAGUUAUAGAGCAGGACCAAGGCACAUACCAGUGUCGGGCUGAAAACAGGGAUGAUUCUGUAGAUGCCACUGCCACACUUGAAGUACAUG